AUGGAAGUCAAAGGUAAAAAAAAAUUCACAGGAAGGGGUGGAAAGACAUCACGAUUUAAAAAGGACAAUGAUUCUAAAUCUCCAAAGAAGUUUCCGAGUAAAGGUGAUAAAGGAGUAGGACCUAAAUGCAGCUCCAAGAAGUUUGAGAAAAACAACACCAAGCUUGGUAAAAUAGGCCUAAAACAAUUCAAGAGUAAGCAGCAAGGGGACAUGUUGCCAAAGAAAACUGGUACAAAACAGUUCAAGAAUAAGCAGGAAGGAGACAAGAAAAGAAAGUUCCAACCUGAGGGCAGAGGUGAAGAGACAGCAGUUAAGAAACCUAAGUGGGAUGACUUGAAAAAGAAAAAGAAAGAACUAAGGCAGAGCAGACAACUCAAAGAUAAAAGCAACUAUGACACCAUUUUCAAGGCAAAGCAAAUUUUGGAAUACCUAAGAAGAAAAAAUUGUGAAGAAGAAAGAACCAAGUUGAUGAGUAAAUUACAGAAGUUGAUUCAGGACGAGAUUAAAAGUAUUGCAUUUGCACAUGAUUCAACCUGUAUUAUUCAGUGUUACAUUCAACGUGGUAAUAAGGAACAAAGGAAAAAGGCAUUUGAAGAAUUAAAAGAGAAUUGGGUUGAAUUGAGUAAGGCCAAAUAUUGCAGAAAUGUUUUUAAGAAAUUUUUCAUGUAUAGAAAUAAAUCACAAAUUGCAGAAAUAAUAAAAAGUUUUAAAGGCCAAGUGUGGAAGAUGUUGUGCCAUGUAGAAGCAUUAGCAGUUGUGGAAUAUGCUUACCACAAUAAAGUGAUUUUGAAACAGCGGAAUAUGCUCAUAGAAGAGCUCUAUGGGAGUACAUUCCAGUUUUAUAAGUCUGCAAUUCACCUAACUCUGGAAAAAGUGUUAGAGGUACAGCCUGAUAAGCAAGAGGCUAUUAUGGAUGAAAUGAAACAGAUUCUUACACCAAUGGCUCAAAAAAAAACAACAACAACAACAACAACCGUAAUUAAACAUUCACUGGUAUAUAAAGCAUUCUUGGACUUUUUUACCUAAGCACUCCCCAAACUCAGAUCAGAAAUGAUUGAAGCAAUCAGAGAAGCUGUAAUAUGCCUUGCACAUACACAUGACAGGGCUAGAGUAGCCAUGGACUGUCUGUGGCAUGGUGCACCAAAGGACAGAAAAGUUAUUAUUAAAACAAUGAAGACUUAUGUUGAAAAAGUAGCCAAUGGCGAAUAUUCUCAUUUGGUUUUGCUGGCAGCUUUUGAUUGUGUUGAUGAUAUUAAGCUUUUGAAACAAACCGUUAUGUCAGAAGUCAUUAAUUCCCUGCCAAAUAAAGUGAAUAAUAAAUAUGGAAGAAAAGUUCUGUUGUAUUUACUAAGCCCUAGAGGUCCUGCACACCUUGUACCUGAAAUCAUUGAAGUUCUACAGAGGGGUGAUGGAAAUGCACAUAGUGAGAAAGACAGUACAAUCCGCUGUAAGUUCUUGGAAUCUAUUUCCCCAAUCCUGUUAAGCUACGUGCAGGAGCAUGUCCAGAAAUUGGUGACAGACAAAUUGACAUGUGCAUUUGUUAUUAAUGUUCUGGGAUCUGGUCUCGUGGAUAUUCAGCCCGAUAUGAAUACCAUUGCCAAAUUAGCUGCUCCUGAAAUGAUUUCUGGUGGCAAGGAUGGAGAGCUCCACAUGGCAGAAUAUCCAACUGGACAUCUGGUUCUGAAAUGGUUAGUAGAACAAGAUGAAAAAAGGAAAGAAAAUGGAAAAGAAGGUUCUUUUGCAAAAACAUUGGUAGAGCAUGUUGAUGUCAAGAAAUUGAAGAUCUGGGCAGGAAUUAAUCAGGGUGUUAUUAUUCUUUCUUAUCUCUGCCAAAGCCCUGAUCCGAAAGUUGUAAAUCAAGUUAAAUAUGGACUAAAAAACCUCAUCCCCACAUUGGAAAAAGAGGAAAACAACAGAGGCAUGACUGCUUUACCUGAGAAACUAAAAGCCUAA